AUGAAGAAGGUCCAAUUCUGUGAGAAAACAGGCUUAAAGAGAGGUAAAUGGAGUCUUGAAGAAGAUCAUCAACUUGUAGCUUACAUCAAAAACCAUGGAAUUUGGAAUUGGAAAGAAAUGGCAAAAGCAGCUGGUUUACCACGAACAGGAAAGAGUUGUAGGCUUCGAUGGAUGAAUUAUUUAAAACCAAAUUUAAAACACGGAAAUUUUACAAAGGAAGAAGAUGAUAUCAUCGUACAAAUGUAUGCAUCCAUGGGAAGCAAAUGGUCGAGAAUCGCAGCAAGACUUUCAGGGAGAUCUGACAACGAUGUCAAGAAUCAUUGGCAUACCAACUUGAGAAAACACAAUAAACAUCGUAAUAAAAUAAAAAAGGAUAGUCAAAACGAAAAAAGCUUUAGCAUUACAAUGGGGUACGACAAGCCUUAUAAUAUUACUAAUGAGACGAACUUUAUCAACUCGUUUGAACCACCACUGUCGAUUGCAGACUACGAGAUUGAAGAAUCUUUGAAAGUGGAGAUUGAAGAUACCCCAUCAUCAUCAUCAUCUGAUCAGAUGUAUUAUUUUAGCAGUUCUUCUUCAUCAAUUACAAGGUAUAAAUAUGAGGAAGAUAAGGUUCAUGGUUCUUGUAAGGCAGUUCAAGAUGAAAACAGAUAUUGGGAUAUGCUGCUGAUGAUGAUUUCAGAAAAUCAGUUUCCACAAUUUGAGGAUUCAUUACAGGAAAUUAUUCAGUGCUCAUCAAUAUUUUGA